AUGGUGUAUGCCACGCUUCUGAGCGAGGAGGACCUGAGUCGUUUCAGGACGAAGCAGUGCAAGAGGCUACUAAACGGAGGAUGCAACUUUGGAAUAGACAGAUGCCAGUACAGCCACAACGAAUUUUGGAACAGACGCUGCCCAUUCUAUUUGAGUGAUUCAUCCUUCAUUCGAUACAUAACAGUCAUGUGUCCAGAUGUGGAGACCAAGGCCGACGGUUCGAUCAACAGUCUCUGUCUUCGAGGUGGAGAAUGCCCCUUCGCUCACUCAGCGGAAGAAAUUUUGUACCAUCCUUUGUAUUAUAAAACGAAGCGGUGUGAAGAUUAUAAAAAAGGAUCCUGCAACACGUACUAUUGUCCAUUUAUUCACGGUUUGGCAGAGACUAGAAUUCCAGGAACAUAUAAACUGCCCUUCACCAACGGAAUUAGCAUCCCCAGUAUCCCCAACGUAAUCAUUGUGGAUAAAAUUGACAUAACGACUAAGACAAAUGGAAACAUAAGUGGUGGAGACAGAUACGUGAAAAAUGUUCUUUCAUCUAAAAAGCGCAAUGAUAUGAAGUUGACGGACCAUCUGAAAUUUUUUGACAGUGCACCCUUUUCCAAAAUGAACAACUGUAUGAUGCCAACUCCGUACUCCUCCAUUGAUUCUCUUCCUCAUAACAACACAGAUGCAUACAAGAGUAACCCUGGGAAAAAACUCACCCUCUCGUUUAGCCAAAAUUUUGGGAACAACUCCUCGGAGGAAGAUUUAAAAAAAAGCAGAAUCAUAUUUAGUGAGGAAAAUGCCAUGGACCAUUUUUCUGCCUUCUCCAAGGGGGGAUUGAGUUACCCCAUUAGUUCCUUCACCAAUUUUGACAACCACAUGCUGGGCGUUCAGACUCACGGGGGGAGCAUCAACAUGGGGAAGUCCUCUCCAAAUAGUUUGUCGUGCACUCAUUAUAGCGAAUUCGUGGGGGGUAAUAUGGACAAAGGAGAGAAUCGCUCAUCGGUGAAGUCUAGCAUGUCGACCCAAGUCACCGAUGGACUUCACCCCAACAAUAACUGGAACAAGCAUUUUAAUAUGCUAAAAAUGAAGCAGAAUUAUUCUAGCUGUAGUACCGCUGCUCACGAAAUAAACUUCAACGAACAUGACGUUACAAGUGAUGACGUGGUGGAGGAUGAUGAGGACGACCUGGACAAUUACCUCAUGAACACGCUGCUCCCGAACGGGGGUGACGACGAGAUUGGUGACACCAAGGCUCACUACAACUACCACUGCAACUGCAACUGUAGCAGUGCGAGCAACGAACGGAAUGACGAUGGAAGCGUCCACCAUAAACCAGGCUGCAGCGUACACCACGCGGAGGAGGAGCAAAACACCAGCGAAGUCAACCUGCUAGAAAUAAUCAGGUGUCUCAAAAAUCUAUAUGAGCGAAUCAUGAAAGGCAAUUUAGUCUUCUCCCCAGAACAGUGGGAUAACAUUGCCAAAAUUACUUACGAAAUUGUUCGCGUUGUGGAAUUUAACAGAAUAUUAAAAUUGAAGAGAACCACCGAUAGGAUGAAGAGCGACAUUUGCAACAGGAACAAACAGUUCUCUUUUGAUAUGUCUAAGAUUACGGACAUAGGGACGGAAGAGGUGAAGGACUCCGCUGCCACGUUAGAAACCAACACGUUUAUGGGGGAACCGUUUAGCAAGGAAGAAACGAGUGCAAAUAAACAGGCGGAGCAGAAAAACGGAGAAAUUACACCAACGAUGAAGGAGGAAAACAUGAACGAUACGAUUCAAGUUGCCACUACGAAGGACGCAUUAUUGAGCAAAAUGAAACUCCACUUAGAGAGCAAAAGGGAAAACUUGCCGGAUGCAAACACCGCAGACGUUGUGGGGGAUACCUACAUGAUGAUGCACCUAUAUCAGGACCAACAGGCAGAGAAUUACCCCAUUGGUAAAAAGGACAUGGAUCUGUUUAACGUGAAGAGGAAAAUUUUAACCCAUCAGUUAAGCACCAUGAAUGAUGUAGCCAACGAGAUAAGCGGAAUGCCCAACAUAAGUAACAACGAAAUGGCUAGCACGAACGGAGAAGGGGACAACGCCAAUAACGAUGGCGAAAACGCCAAAGACGACCCCCAUUUUUUGGACUAUUACAACUUAAGCAAAGGCAAUUUCAACUUUGGAGAAACGAAAGAAAACGCAGAUAAAAUUUUGUCGCAGCAGCCAUUCAUGUCUUUCUUUUCCUUUCUUUCUGAAUAA